AUGUGUCAAGUUUUACUUAUUAUUUUUGAUUCAAGUGUGAACUACGUUCAACCAAAUAACGAUGAUGAUGAUGCACAGCAAUAUGUUGCUUAUCUUUCAAAUAUUGUUCAUUUUCCCAAUGUAACUAAAAUUAACUUUGAAACGAUUGUUGGUACAGCUGGAUCUGCAGAUAUUUUAUUUAUUCUACAAACUCAAGAUUUGGUAACAAUCAUUGUUGAACGUUUUCUAUCACUUACUGAUAUUGAAGUUCAAGUGGCUUCAUUCAAGUAUUUUACAUCUGCUAUUGACAUAUUACUUAGUCACCAACAAAAUUUGUCUUAUCUUAACAUUUGCUAUAGUACACCUCCAAUAUUCCACCAGUCUUUUUCACGUAAUGACAUCAUUGAUAAACGUCGUCAAGCAUUUGGUUUUAAGAUUAUCGAUGAAGAUAAGGUUACAGUUAGCAGGAGAGAAGGAUUUAUACAAAUUAGAUUAUCAUGA